AUCAGUGUUGUUUUUUCCUGUGUAGCAUCAGCAGCAGCAGUAGCGGCGUGGAGACACCAGCUACAUGACUGCAGGGAUAUGGAAUCGUCUUUCCCGAUGACCCGAGCUGGACUGGUGAAGUGAAACUGUCAUCGUAGUUUCUUGCCACGCAGGCUGAGGUGUUUGCCUUGUCCUUAGAGCAAUGGAGAGAUUAGAGGCUGCAUCAGAGCUUCAGUCACGGCUGUCAUCCCUCUCCUUCUCGUCUUUCCCAGGAAUAGCGUCUGAACAGUGCGACGACAGCAGACCGCUGGACAGGCUCCAGAACACAGAUCUUUCAGAGAGCUUUGCUCAGGUGGAAGAGCGGCCGAGCAUGGAUGACAUUGGGCAGGAUCCAGAGAAGGGUUCAGACAAGGGUAAUGAGGAGGCCCCUGCUGAGCUGGCCCCUGGGGGAGGAGGUGAGGAGAACAACAGUGCUGGGAGCUGUCAACUCUCCGCUGAGAUGAAAUCCCAGACGCCACCCCUAAAUCCGCCGACAACAUGGACAUCUGCUGCACUGAAGGAGCUGAAGGCAAAGCUUAGACCAGAGAAGGACAGCGUGGUGACCGUUUACCGAGGCGACAUCAUGACAGUCCACGUUCCCACUGUCCCGGAGGCCAAAAAAGUGUGCUGGGAGUUUGCGACAGACGGCUACGACAUUGGCUUUGGCAUCUAUUUUGACUGGACUCCUGUCACAAACCGGUCUAUCACAGUGCACAUCAGUGAGUCAAGUGAUGACGAAGAUGAAGAGGAGGAAUUGGAAGGGCCUGUUGGUAACGGAGAUGUUGAGAAGGGCUCCAAAGCUCAAGCCAACUCCAACCUGGCUGAAAUCUUGCCUGUUUAUCGCCAGGACAGUCACACGUCUGUCUUCGGGGGCAGCCAUGACUUCCCCGGGGAUGGAACUUACUUGCUGAAGUUCGACAACUCUUACUCACUAUGGCGAAAUAAAACGCUUUACUACAGGGUUUAUUACAGUGCCUGAGAUGCCCCGCGUCUAUUGUCAAAGAAUAUUGCUCUUAACAAUUAAAUAUUUUUGAUUCCUUAUUUGGGGGAUAAAUGAAGUAAUAAUAUAAAAAAAAAGUAAAAUAUUGGUAAUAUCUAUUUUUAUCACUAUCAGCUUGUGUUGCCAUUUGUUGAAAUUCUAUAUAUUGUCAGAUAGUUUUGAAUGCAACAUUUGUCCCAAUCAUCUUGCUGAUAAAUGUUUUGAAAAAGCCUUGCACAGUUGCCAUGUAUGUACUGUACUACUUGGUCAAGUGCCCGUCAUAAAAGACAUAGUGUUUUUAGCUGUAACAUUUCUCUGGUAGCAGUGAUCAGGGAUUCACCUGCACAGAAUACACUGUAUCUCUCCAGGCCAGGUCCCUAAUGAGCAGCAUUCUAAAGAAAUGGAGGUUUUCAGUUGUCCUGCGUAAAGGCUUACAUUUCCUGUGAUUGUUCUCUUGCUUUGUCAUCCUGCUUUUGUAGUGUGCAUUUAUUGUAUGCGUUAAAUGUGACCAUGCAGAAAACGACUAAUAAAUACAAACUGUGCACAGACACGACUGCGGCACGUCGAUAAAGCAUAUACAUUAGGAUCUUCCGAGGCAAGUGGUGAUAGUUUGUUUUUUUCAAAGUGUGCUCUUUAUGACACAAAUGAAGCCAUCCCUUAUCACAUAAAGCUGAUUAUAUAAUAAAGAAUCAAUAUUUACAUUUGCUUCCCUCCCGCUUUAGUUUGCUGUUUUGUAGGAAGGGAGCAGUUGUAAUAUUUAAAUGUAUUUUGUGCACAUCUGUUUGUGAAAGUCGUGUUUGUUUAUGAAUACCCUCCAGUGCUUCAGGCAGACUUUGGAUCUGAUUGUGUUUAAAAGCUUUGUUUUUUGUUUUUUUUUUAAAUUAGCUUUUACCAUGUUCACUCACGCACAUGUUUCCAAAGAUAUCAUACACUGGGGCUGCUAACGUAGCACACAAUGUAAAGCGACCUGUUUAAAGCCUCCUCUGUUUGCUGUACUGUAUCUUCACUGUACGUUAUGAUAUUUGUUCCUGAAAUUUAUAUUCAACAAUAAACAGAAGAUUGUCUUA